AUGGAGGAACAAGGUCAAGAAUCUCUCCCAAGAGAUGCCACCAAAGAAGAAAUCGAAACUCUCAAUCAUGAGUCUGAUAAAAUACCUUUCACUGCUUGGCUCUUAGCAUUCACAGGUGCUGCAGCACAGCUUGCACGCUUUGGAAUUACGGUGGCAUGGCAAAAUUACCUUCAAAAUCCACCUGGUGAUGAAGCACUUCCUGGCGCCCUAGACUUAGGAGAGUCUAAAGCAACAAUAAUCCAAAAUGCCUUCUUGUUCUUCCAGUACUUAACUCCAAUGCCGUUUGCAUUGCUAUCAGAUGCAUGGCUCGGUCGAUACAAGACUAUGCUUUUCAGUCUUGGGCUUAUGGUUGUCGGAUACACAGUGUUAUUUGUGACUGCUCUUCCAAGUUCGCUAGAGCAUAAGGCGGGUCUGGGAGGCCUUAUUGCUACUAUGAUUUUGACAGGCCUGGGGCAAGGGGGAUUGUCCGCAGUAAUGUAUCCUUUUAUUGGUGACCAAAUCCCUGAAACUAACCCAACUAUCAAGCGAAACUCAAAGGGCAAACUAGUGGUAACCGAUCGGAAAUUGGCUAUACAAUAUAUCUUCAGUGGUUAUUACUGGAUGGUUAAUAUUGCCGCGCUUUCUUCUAUUCCUACCACUUUUAUGGAGAAGUAUAUCGGGUUCUGGGCUGCAUUUCUCCUACCAACAUGUGUUUUGGUAGUGACGAUCAUUCCUGUCAUCGUAUGGAAUGAGCGACUAGUCAAACUACCACCUCAAGGCAACAUUCUUCCCCAAGCAGGCCGGGUGCUCCUGAUCGCAACGCGCUCAAAGUUUCGUCUCUCGGCGGCGGAUCCGCAUUAUCAAAUUCAACACUACAACCACAGCGUUACCUGGAACUCGUCCUUCAUCGACGAAAUCCGCCGCGGACUGAAAAGUUGUCGCGUCAUCAUCUCUUUUGUGAUUUUCUGGCUCUGCUAUAAUCAAACUGCAAAUAAUCUCAUCUCUCAAGCAGGACAAAUGCAAUCCCCAGGGGUUUCAAACGAUACCAUUCAGUCACUCAACGCGAUCGCAUGUAUAAUCAUGGGUCCUCUCAUUCAAUACACACUCUCCUAUUUUCAACGACGCAAAAUCCCACUCGGACCCAUCCUACGAAUGACGAUAGGAUUCUCCUUCAUAGCAGCGGGAAUAGGCUAUGCCGCCGGUCUGCAACAGCUCAUCUAUUCGCGCGGACCAUGUUACCACUAUCCCCUCGAAUGCGUGGCUGCACGAAACCCGCAAGACAGCGCUCAGAAUAUCAACGUCCAAGCAAAUAAUGUAAGUGUAUGGCUGCAAACACCCUUGCAAUUCCUUCUCGCGAUCGGAGAAAUACUCUGUCUAGUCUCACUAAGCGAAUACACAUACACCGAAGCACCCACGAAUCUCAAAGCGUUAGUUCAAGCUUUUCAAGCGGUGGCGGCGGCACUGGGUGCCGCGAUUGGGAUUGGUUUGGGGCCGGUGUCGAGGAAUCCUUGGUUGGUUAUUAUGUUUGCUUGUUUGGCGGGAACUAUGGUUAUUACUGCUGUGGGUUUCUGGGUGCUUUUUAGAGGUCAUGAUAUUGAUUAUGCAAAGGCGGAUGUAGUUGAUGCUGUUGAAAGUAAUGAGAACGGUGGCCAGAGAGAUGAUCUUGAGGCUGUGGUUUGUAAGAAGAAAACGGCUGGUGUUGAUUCUCAUCAUGGAGAGAAGUCUAUCUCGAGUAAUGCAGUCAAAGCUGUGGAGAUUUCUUUGUGA